GUAAGGCAGUAACAAACAUCGGUCAUCAGUUAAUUUGAUUGACAAUACGAAAAAAUUUCUAAAAUUGCCAUUCCAUUUAUUCUGCUUUUUGUGUUCUAUAUAGAACUUCCUCCUUCUCAUCCCAAAAAAGUUCUCAUUCCGCUCUUUAUUUGUAGUUGCUUAAAACAACGUCUAAAAAGCCUUGGUACAGGAAGGUACCCAUUUAAUACCAUAUUGAAACACCAAUUUUAUGUGUAAAAGGUAUCGCCAUAUUUCUGUAAUAUUUGAAAUUAUUUUUAUGUAAUUCUAUCGUUACUCUGGAAGGAAUAUAAUUAAGAAUUAAACAGGGAGAAAGGAUAAAAGGAUGAGACAGGUCUCAAUGUGGUUGAUGAAGUGAGCUGAGUUUGGUCGUGUCCAUGACAUACGACAGCGGCUGAACAAUAGCGGCUCAAUUCCUUGUAGCCCUAAACCGUUGAGAAAACAAUGAUCCUUUGUUUGCUUGGAGUUUGAUGACAGCGAACGAGGGCUCGCUGCUACUUGAAGACCGCGCGGGAUAAAGGAUAAAAGUGACACAAUUUUGCGGUGAGGUUAAAUGAGAUCACAGCGUGAAAGGGCGGACUGUGUCGGGUACUCAAAAUCAAUAUUGUUUGGUUAUCUGUUAGUUUUAUCAAGGCCUCACUGAGACGUAUAAAUCGCUGUGUCUACCGCAUUCAAACUAGUUCCAUGUUGAGAGCGGAGGGCACCUCUCCCGAGCACCGCAAAAUCAGGAUCAUAACACAAGUUCAGUGAGAUAAUUUUUGAAAAGAUCAACUUAUAUCGACCGCACAUCACAGCUGGCAGUGGAAUUUUUCUUAUAAGCAAGCAAAGACAUUUACACUUCGCCUGGGAGCACUUAGCAUUAGUUGGAUCAUGAACUGGGCACAGACCCAUCUUACCAGACUUCUACUACUUAUAUUAUGUAGUUUGACAAGCACAGCAGAACUUGCAGGGGAUGGAAAGGUCGAUUUUGCUAUGAUGGAAUUUGAGGACCUUGAAACCGAAAAAAAUAAAGAUGCAUUCGUUAAAAAUCUACGCACAUAUGAAGUGAUAUAUCCACAAGCAUUAGAAAAAAAUUACAAAUUGUCUGAGAAACAUCGAAGAUUAAGACGUGAUUUAAACGAUGACCGUGCCUCCCAUUACCAGAUAAACGCAUUUGGUAAAAUCCUGGAGUUGGAACUGUAUGCAAGCAGUAGUGUUCUACCUGGUGCUACAGUAGAGUACCACACCGAAGCAGGGAUACAGAAGAAGCUGUUGUCUCAGAAUGCCUGCUUGCGUAUUGGCAAAGUUUCUAAUGUAAACAUGUCCUCUGCUGCUGCCAUUAGUGACUGCGAUGGACUUGCCGGCCUAGUAAGGACAGAUGACGACAUGUUUUUCAUUGAGCCAAUGAAGACAAACAUAAGCUUUGGUAAAGCAAGACAAAGACCGCAUUUGGUGUACCGAACGAAGGACCUGCCUAGGUCUGCCUUGCCUGAUGUUGAGAAGAGACUGAGUUUAGACACACCACUUAAAGCUGGUAACGUGCCAAGGAUUGGAAGCCCCCUAAACCGACCCUCUCGCACUCGAAGAGAUGUCUGGGACAGUUUUAUCACCAUCGUCAACAAAGCUCGUAGAUCUGUGCAGCUAUACUGGUUGGACUUGUACGGUAAGCGCCGUUACUUUGCAACCAUCGAACAAAACCGAAGAAAGUUUGUUAGCACGUACUCACAAACAAAAUGGGUAGCUGUUGAUGAAAGCUCACAAGAAGCUUUCCUGAUGAAUGGGAAGAAACAAUAUGUCUCAAAGCGAAACGACGAAUCAAAUCGCGACAAAGUUGUCAUAACUGUUCCACCCGACCUUGAACUGCCCCCCAUUACAGAAAAAGAUGUGUCUGGCGAGGAUAAGUGGAUGGAGACAUUGAUUGUCGCCGAUGAAAGUGUCGUGCAGUUCCACGGGAUCCAAGUGGAGAAAUAUCUUUUAAUUCUAUCUAACGUGAUCAAUCUCAUCAUGAAAGACUCGACAACAGGAGUACGUCUCAAUUUCGUUUUAACCCGUUUGGUGAUAUUGCAGAAGAGAGAGCCAAGGCUUGUUAUUACACGAGACUCUGCGUCUAUGAGUGUCCAAUCAGCUUGUGACUAUGCUGUUUACUUGCAAAGCUCUCAUGAUGAUAAGCACGUGAAUCACCACGAUUUUGCUCUGGUCUUGACAAGACGAGAUUUUGGUCCGGCAGGGUAUGCUCCUGUUUAUACCAUGUGUUCCCAAACACGAAGCUGUGCUUUGGUUGACGACAACGGGUUCGCCUCAGCCUUCAUCGCUGCGCACGAGGCUGGUCACGUGUUGGGUCUCGGACACGAUGGAGAAGAAAAUGACUGCAAACAAGAUACAAAAAAGGGAAGUGUAAUGGCUGCCUUGGUUCUUUCGAAGCUCAAUAGAUUCCACUGGUCUUCUUGCAGUAGAAAACUGUUGCAAGAAAACACUCGGUACUUCCGGUGUUUAGAGGAUCGACCGUAUCCGAAAGACUUCAAAUAUAUGGAUUCUUUACCUGGUGUUUUUGCCACAAUGGAUGAACAAUGCAGAUAUGAUUUUGGCAAAGGAUACGAAAAAUGUGAGUAUUACACGGCAGAUGGUUGUCAACGCCUGUGGUGUACCGAAUCAAGCAGAAGAUACCAGUCAUGCACGACAAGAGGACGCCCCCCUCUAGACGGAACCUACUGCGGGCAAGACAAGUGGUGCCGUAGAGGUCGCUGUGUUCAAAGUAGUCAAAGACCCGCUGAUCCUCCACCUGUAAAUGGAAAUUGGGGCUCCUGGGCGGAAUGGUCAAAGUGUUCUUUGUCCUGUGGAACUGGUCUACGUCAUCGAACCAGAGUUUGUGAUAAUCCUAAGCCUACCAACAGAGGAGAGAAAUGUCCGGGCUCUUCCAUUGAACACGAUAUUUGCAACACCCAGAGAUGCAGAAUAACUAAAACAUUUGAAGAUAUUCGAGACGAUCAGUGCAAACAGGUGUAUGGAGAGGACUUUAUACUUUAUAGGGAUGAAGAAUUUGCUGAGUAUUUUAAAGAUCAGCGGCAUUCUCUUGACUGUACAUUUGAAAAUGGAUGGUGCAACUGGAGGCAAGACAAAAAUGACAAGUUUGAUUGGAAUAUAAUCAGUGGUAGAACCCCAAGCCAAUAUACAGGCCCAAGAAACGAUCCACAUGGAAACGUCAAGGGAAAGUAUGCGUUUAUUGAAGCUUCUGAUAACUUUAAUGCCAGAAGGCAGCGAGGCUUCAAAGCGCGACUGGUGAGUCCCAGGAUCCUGUUGCCAAGGGCUUGUUUCAGCCUAGAUUACCAUAUGUACGGAGAAGAUAUGGGAUCUUUGAAAAUAAUUGUUAAAGGAGAGAACGGGGAGACAACACUAUGGGAAAAGAUUGGUAAUCAAGGAGAUCACUGGCACGAACUUGAAUUAUCGAUUGAGCAGGUGUCAGAGUACAGCCUUGUAAUUGAGGGGGUACGUGGAACUCACUAUAAAGGCGAUGCAGCUAUUGAUAACAUCAAAUUUGAACCAGGACUCUGCCAGGCUGGGGCUGAAGCAAAGAACCCGUGUAAGUUGCCAUGCAUGAGCAAUGACAAAACAAGAUUCUUCCUUGACAACACUGUUUUGGACGGAACUCAUUGUCAUAACAAUAAAUCACACGACAUUUGUCUCAUCGGAAAAUGUGAGAAAUUUGGCUGCGACAUGAAGUUCAACUCUGACAAGAUCCUUGAUGAAUGCAACGUUUGCGAUGGCGAUGGCUCAACCUGUAAUGCGAUCGAAGGCAUAAAAAAGAUUAUUCCAGAUAAAGAUUAUGAAAAAAUUCUUGAUCUGGACAAAGAUACGACAAAUUUCAUUCUUGAAGACUCAAAGUUAUCUCCAUACAAAAUCGGGCUCAGAGUACCAGGUUCUAUUGAUGAAGUUUAUAUGGCGGCUGAAAAGGGACGUGGCUACUUUGCUGCUGCUGGAACAACUCUUUAUUUUUCAAACCUUAAAGAUGGGAGACAGAUGAUGGCUGCCUCUGGACCACUGACAGGACCCUUGGAAGCUGUGCUGUACUCUGGAAGCAAUGAAGUGAAGCCAGUGAAAGAGGAAGCUGAGAUCCGAUUCAAAUACUUUUAUAAAAAGAACGUGAAAGAUUUCUACAAAUACGAAGUUGACAAGUGGGAGGAGUGCUCAAAGAAAUGCGGUGGUGGCAUCCAGAAGGGCAUACUAAAGUGUGUGAAAAACAAAGCUUCCGAUGUUCCACGCACUUUUUGCUCGCAUUUGAAGAUGAAUGACAUAACUCGCGUAUGCAAUACAGUUUCAUGUCAUUCUGUGUACAAAUGGGUCAUUCUGUCCUGGAGCAGAUGUUCUGCUACUUGCGGAGUUGGGCGCCAACGCAGAAUCGUAGCUUGUGCUGAUAGGAAACUCAAUAAAGUUGUGCCUAAUCGAGACUGUCCGGCUCCGUAUCCAAUAAGCACAAGGAACUGCACGUCCAGACCAUGUAUUACAUAUCGAUGGACAUUAGGCCCCUGGGGGACAUGUUCUCGCUCUUGUGGAGGUGGUCUGCAGACCAGAGUGGUUAACUGUGUUGCCAGCAAUAACAAUGAAGCUGUUAGUUCAAGCUUCUGCAAGGAGAAAGAGCCAGGAAAAAUUCAGAAAUGCAAUCUCAAUCAAUGCGAUUCGUUUGAAUAUAGAACAACAGCCGUCUCAAGAUGCACAAAGUCCUGUGGAGGUGGGCUGCGAGUCAAAAUUGUGUAUUGUGUUAAUAAGAGGACUGGAGUCAGUGUUUCAAACAGUUUCUGCUCUGGGCCAUCGCCACCCCGAAUUGAAAAGUGCAAUGUCCAAGACUGCCCGGUCUUCAAGUGGAAAUAUGGAACAUUUGGUCCUUGCUCACAGUCUUGUGAUGGAGGUAUCCGACAGCGACCAGUUUAUUGUAUCGAGAAGGUGUCACUUAAGAACGUUUCUGAUUCCCUUUGUACAGAUAGAAAACCAAGUGAAACAGAGACGUGCGAGAACCCUCCAUGUAGCCAGAGGUACUUCUUUGACAUUGGAAAAUGGUCUGCCUGUGACGCAAUUUGUGGACAGGGAUCCCAAAAUAGGACGGUCAGGUGUUUGAUGGAAGGCUCGAACAGGGAAGCGCCUUCCUGGAGGUGCGAUCAUUUGAAGAUGCCGGAUAGAACAAGAAGUUGCAAAAUUAGGUCUUGUGCCCAUCCAGAUUCAUUGGCUUGCAACUUUGAUGACGGCAGUUUCUGCAGGUGGCAAAAUUCAAAGGAUGACGAUUUUGACUGGGUAGUUGGACGAAGCACCCCCACAUUGACAACUGGCCCUUCGCGGGAUCAUACUACACAAAAAGGGAGGUUUGCAUACAUCGAGUCUUCAUCGCCUCGUUUAUCACGAGACCGAGCCACACUGACAAGCCCACCCUUGCGAAUAGGCAGUGGUUGCUUUUCGUUUUGGUAUCACAUGAGAGGAGCAGGGAUGGGCAGGCUCUUUGUUGUUAUAGUUGGAGCGCAAGGUUAUAGUAAGCAAAUUUUCGAAAAGAAAAGGCAGCAGGGGGAUAGAUGGUUUAAAGCCAACAUUCAAGUUCCUCGAAACACGCCCAAAGGAUUCAUGAUCAAAAUAACUGGCGAAAAGGGGACUUCAUUCUUAAGUGAUAUUGGCUUAGAUGAUUUCAAAUUUUCAUCAGAAGGAUGCCAAGCUUCAUGUAUUGAAAGGUCUCCUCUGUGCGUCGUUGUUCCUACCACAUAUUGCCGAUAUCCGUCAUAUAGAAAACUUUGUUGUGUAACCUGUGCUAAACGAACGCCAUCGUGAAUUCACAUCAUUCUAAAGUUAUUUAAUAGUUGUUGACUGAAUCUCAAUUCAUGACUGGAGAUGCAGUCACAUCAAGUCAGUACGCACCAUUCUUCACUUAACAAGGCUCCAGUGCCUGCUUGCAGUUUCCACGGCACCAGGAAGAUUGUAAGGGAAGCUGCUUUCCUUAUGGCCAAAUGUUGUCUUCCUUUCAUGGAAACUUGUUUACCUCCAUACAUUUGAUAUGCCAGUGGGUUGUCAAAGCGUCUUACAAUGUUCUCUCUUGUGAAAGGUCUUCGCUCAUUCUUAGGGGUAAUAUUUUCUAAAUAUUUGAAUUUAUCAAAUUUUUUAUAGCCAGCUAACGAAACUUAGUAAAUGUUUACAGUCACUCUUUAGGUUACGCAAAUGAUUCAAACUUUGCUUUUAAAUAUUUUCCGUCUAGUUUGUGAUCCUUGAAUUUCUCAUGUGGUUCAGUUCUUUUAGUUACUUAUUUAUUUCGUGUUUGUAUCCAUGGCUAAAUGAUUGAUAUGGUCUUCCAGAAUUGUUGUCAGAAUUCUACAUCGGCGAUGCCCUUGCCCCUAGAUGCCUCCACUCUGUAUGGUUACUUGGUUUGAGAUACAACAAUUUCAGUGAUUAGAAUUGUUCUUUUUCAACUGAUGCCAGGCUAAGCCUUAUUUAAUUGGCAGGCAGUGAUGUGAAUACCAUUUUUUCAAAUACUUUAUCUACUUCCUGUGGUGCAGAGCAGUUAUUUAAUACCGGGCGUUCCCAUGAGCUUUGACUUAGCUAUAUUCCACAUCUUAAUACUAGUUCUUUAUUGCUCAUGUCAUAUGCUCUAGGAGUUAUUCUGGCAACCUAAGCAACACUCUGUAGGCAAUUUUCAAGAAGCUAUGUAUCGUUUUAUACUUUGUUAUUUAUUGAGUAAUUUGACUUAAGGAAAGUCGGAAAACUAAUUUCUGCAUCAAGCAGAUAUCUUGUUGCCUUUUAAUUUGGCAAAAAACCCAUUUGUAAUUAUUGUUUUGUCUAUGUUUAUAAAUAAUUCAUUAAAUUUGAAAGA